UGCUGUAUGGGUGCUGUAAAAUUAUGGAAGCCAACAUCUCUUUCAAUUCCACACCCGAGCAAGUGAACUACAACAGCACAGCGAGACUCUGUUUUGAGUCGUCCAUGUGUCUGGGAUUCCACAUCGUCUGCUGUGUCAUUGGAACGAUCGGGAUUUUAUCAAAUGGAACAACCCUCGUAGUCGUUUGUAAAGAAAAACGUCUGCACACUGUGACGUACGUCUCCAUUUCCUGCCUCGCUUUGGCCGAUUUUGUUUACGUUUCAUCAAGAGUUCCAAGAGACAACUUGCAGAUUUGGUACCACCAGAGAGACGAAUUCAGUUUGAAUUUCAUGAGAGUGUGUGAUCUACUAAGCUUAUCGGGCGCUUGUUCGUCCAUUUUACAUGUAAUUUUACUGUCAUUAUUGCGUUAUGUACUCUUGGUUCAUCCUUUGAAAAGUCACGUUUGGCUUACAGUCACAAAAGUGAAACUAAUUUCCUUCAUGACUUGGUUACUAUCCGUUGUCAUUGCAUCAUUUUAUCUUUAUGCCGUUGUCAUCAAUGGUCGAAUCAACGUGCAGCUGGCAAAAGUGACCAAUCUGGCUGUCACUGUCGUUAUGUCCGUGUUGCCUAUAGUGUUGAUCGUGACCCUGCACACCCUGAAGGCCCGGACAUUGCUCCAGUCUCUCGCCUCCUGCCAGAAGUCCACCGUCCGCCGGAUGUCUCGUAUGGUCACCUUCAUCAUCACCGCCUUCAUUAUAACCACUUUGCCCAGUAGUGUCGCGGACUGCAUCAAGAUUGCAUUUAUCGAGUCUGGGAGUUCCGAGGCUCAGCGGAGUUGGCUUUCCGUCUUACAGUACGUAGGACGUCUUGGGUUAUACAUCAACUUCAGUACCAAUCCAUUUAUUUACUUAACGACUUCAGCGCAGUUCAGAAAAGCUAUGACAUGUCAACGUAAUGUGUACAGAUCAUCGUUCAGUAAUGAAUCAAACUGUCGUACUGGAUCUUUCUGAUGAUUAUUAGAGCUGUGCCUGUCAGAUAAUUGAGUCUAUUUGACUCUAUCUUCUACCUGUUACUAGUAUACAGAAACCCGAGUUUUUAUAACUUCAGUAAAACUUGGUUCAAUACAGCUAAAUCCUAAGGACUUUACCUCGCUGAAUAUUCGUAACAUUCGUUACCCUUCAGACGAAUUCUUCAAUGUUUCCUCAAAGACUAAAAUUACAAAAUAUUGGAAAACUAAAGUUUAUGACAGUGAACCUUCAUCAGGAACUGUUAUUAAGAUGUUGCGGGGGACCCGACAAAACUUAACUGCUUCCAUGGUUUUGCUAUAAUAUCCAUGUUUAAACCAGUGCCCCAACAAAGCAAACAAAACAUACCGACCCAGUUUCGUGGCCGGGGCAAAAUAUGUUCGGGAAGCUUAUCCAGCGUCUGGCGGACAAACACCGAGGCAACCGGAGCACCAACAAACCAAGAUCUGUCUCUCUGUUUCUCUGCACAGAGCGGCAAAAACCAAACAGCAAGGUAUUGAUAACUUUUUGAAAUAAAUCUAUGGUAACUGUCAACCAAAUGAAACGAUGACUUCUGUAAAAUUUAUUUCAUUUAACUGUCGUGGCUUGAAUGAUUAUAAGAAAAGGGUAAUUUUAUAUGAUUGGAUGAAUGAUAUCGAUUGUGAUGUACUUUUUUUGCAAGAAACGCAUUUUGUGUCAGAAAAAGAAUAUGUUUACAAUUCCAGGUGGAAUGGUACAUCUUAUCAUUGUUUUUCAAAUUCAUCGCAUAGCAGGGGUGUCUCAAUUUUGAUUAGUAGCAAAUUUCAUUUUAAAAUCAUAAACCAACACAGAUCGGCCGACGGCAGGAUAAUUGUACUCAAUAUUGAACAUAACAACGAAACUAUUACACUUGUUAACAUAUAUGCUCCAAAUACUGAAAACGAUAGAGUUAGCUUUUUUAAAAAGGUAUCAAAAUGGAUAACAAUGUACUGCAUAAAUGAAAAUAAUAUGAUUCUUGUUGGUGACUUUAAUUGCUCUAUGUCAAAGGAAAAAGACAAAAGUUUAAACAGUUUAAAAAAUUUACAAUUUCGUUUUGAACUACUUGAUUUGUGGCAUAAAAAAUAAAACCAAAACAUAAAGGGUUCACCUGGUGUGAUGGCAACAACUCUGCUAAAAGUAGAAUAGACUAUAUAUUUUUAACGCAAAAUUUUUGCUACAGACCGGAAAAUAUCUACUUACGAAGGCCACCGCAUGUGUCUAACAUAAGAAUGAGUGACCACAUAGCUAUCAUAUUUAAAUGCAGGAUACUGGAAACUAAAUACAUCCGCACUACAUGAUUUAAAAUAUUGCGAAAUGAUAAAUCAAUUUCUACUAAAUUUGCCCAAUGACAUUAAACUAGAAACAAAUCCGAAAAUUAAAUGGGAAUUUUAAAAUAAAACUUAAUGUCAAAUACCUUAGCAUAGAAUACUGUAAAGAAAAAAGUAGAAAUAUGUAACAAAAAAUACUAUUAAUUGAAAAUGAAUUGGAGAAGAUAGAAAGUCAACAUUACUUAAACAUAAACAUGACACGGAAAAAAGACUUAGAAAACCAACUAGACAAAUUGUAUGAAAAUAAAUCUAAAGGUGCUCAAAUUAGGUCAAGAGACAAAUGGAUAGACGAAGGGGAAAAAAAUCAUAUUUUUUAAGACUUGAAAACAAACACCAAUCAAAAAAUACCAUUAAUAAAAUAAAUAAUGCAGGAUCAAAUUUUAUUAAAACUAAAGAUAUUUUAGAUCAGCUAUGUAAUUUCUAUGAAAAUUUAUAUUCCUCAAACGACGUACCAAUAAACGAUAUAGAUACGUACUUAGAUAACAUAAAUGUAUCAUCAGUUUUGUCAGAAAAGGAACAAGAAAUGUGCGAAAAUUUCCCAACCUUAAAUGAAUGCGCAGAGGCAGUUAAUGGAAUGAAAAACAAUAAGUCACCCGGAAUAGAUGGUUUACCAACUGAAUUUUAUAAAAUGUUCUGGAAGGAUCUUAAACACUAUUUAUAUGAAGCUUUAUCAAAAAUCUAUCUUGAAGAAGAAUUAACAAUAUCACAAAAAUGCUCAGUUCUUUCUUUAAUUCAUAAAAAAGGAGAAUUAGAUAAAUUAGAAAAUUAUCGGCCUAUCAGUCUCACAAAUUGUGACUAUAAAAUAAUUGCUUUUAUAUUUGCUAGAAGGCUGCAAAAAGUUAUCGACAAGUUGAUAAGUAAAAAUCAAUCAGGAUAUAUAAAAGGGCGAUAUAUUGGCAAUAAUGCCAGGCUAAUUUUAGAUAUUUUUGAAUAUUGUGAAAAUACGAAUACUGAAGGAAUUCUCCUAUUUGCCGACUUUCAAAAGGCUUUUGACUCCGUCGAAUGGAACUUUCUUUUUAAAUCGCUAGAAAAAUUUAAUUUCGGAGAAAACUUUAUCAAAUGGAUAAACAUUCUUUACACUAACCCAUAUUUUUACAUUAAAAAUAAUGGGUGGAUCUCACGAUAAUGUAAAAUGCGCAGGGGGAUACGACAAGGAUGCCCUGUCUCAGCGAUAUUAUUCUUAUUUGUUAUGGAAAUUUUGAACGAAAGGAUAAAUAGUACAAACUCAAUUAAAGGCUUUAAAUUAGAAGGAAUAGAUAGAGAAAUGAAAUGUAUACAACACGCUGAUGACAGUACUUUCCCUUUAAAAAACACAGACUCCUUAGAAAAGACAAUUGACAUUAUCGAAAAUUUUGGAAGUGUCUCGGGAACAAAAUUAAAUCUAUCGAAAACCGAAUGUAUACUCUUAGGAGAACUAAAAAAUAUGCUUAAAGAAGAAAAUUUCAUACAAAAUAUCAUUAUAAAUAGGACCACUGUAAAAUGCCUAGGGAUCCACAUUGGACACAACAAUAAAGAAUGCAAUGAAAAAAACUGGUUAUGCAAAUUAAAAGAAUUUGAACAAAUCCUAGAUUCAUGGCGAAUACGAAAAUUGACGAUCUUUGGAAAAUGUCAAAUAAUCAACUCUUUAAUUGUAUCUAAACUUUUAUAUGUAGCAACAGUACUUGAAUAUCCGGAACAAAAUACAAUCAAACAAAUAAAUAGAAUUAUUUUCUCGUUUCUCUGGGGAAACAGAGAAAGAAUAAAACGUAAAACACUUAUCCGACCCAUAUCAGAGGGGGGAAUUGGUAUCACCGACUUCGAAUUAAAAAUUAAAGCUAUAAAGGCAGCAUGGGUCUCAAAGCUUAUACAAUCUGACAAUGCUUUAAACAAAUUCAUAAACUCUUGCAUUAGAAGAUAUAAUUUAGACAUAGCUUACUUAUUAAAUACCAAUGUAACAAAGACAGAAGACCUAAACAUAAAACACCUUCCAAAUUUCUAUAAAGAAGUGAUAUGUGCCUUUAAUGAGUGUAAAAGUAAUUGUCAAGAAAAACUUCAAAUUCAAAAUAUAUGGUUUAAUAAAAACAUAACAUAUAAAGGAAAACCUCUGUUUUUUCCAGCAUGGGCUAAAAGUGGACUAAUAUUUGUAAAUGAUGUUAUUGAUGCAAAUGGAUUUCUAACUUUAGAAGAAAUUAAGAACACGCUUAAAACUACAAACAACUAUCUGUGUGAGUAUAUAACUGUCAAAAGUGCCCUUCAAAAAUAUGCUUCAAAAACAAACCUUUGAGAUUCUGCAAAACGAAGGCAUUUAAAAUUUGUAUUUAAUUUUCAAGGUCAUAUUAAGUCAAUCGAAAGGCAAAAGUCAAGCUUCUUCUAUAGUAUCUUACUUCAACAAAACUCAAAAAAACCUAACAUGGAAAAAGUGUGGGCAAAUACUUUUUUACUCGAUGACACUUAUGUGUGGGAAAAUAUAUAUACGGAAAAAAUAAAGAAAAUAUUUGAUAAGAAUGUGUCAGAAUUUAAUUAUAAACUAUUGCAUAUAACCUUAUAACAUGUAACAAAUAUGUAAGUAAAUGGAAAACAGAUCUAGAUAAAAAUUGUAUUAAUUGUAAUCUAGAAGAAGAUGUUAAACAUCUUAUUUUUGAUUGUUAUAUUUUUCAACCAUUAUGGAAAAAAAUAUCUGAGGUUUUAAAUGUAAACGUGUCAUGGAAAAUUAUUGUUGUUGGUUUUCCAGCAUAUUGUAAUGAGAAUACAUUUGUCUUAAACAACGUUAUAUCCUUUGUGGCAUAUAAGAUGUAUAAAUAUAAAAUGAAAUGUAGAGUAUUAAGCGAAAAUGUAUCAUAUAAUGGUAUUUUAUGUUUUUUGAAAAAUGCUCUUACUCAGUUCUUCCUUACAACAAAAUCCUCUAAGAGCGUAUCAUAUGAUUUCAAAAUUUUAGAUACAUUGUGUGAAAAACUGUAAUAAUCCAAGGGUGACCCGGCCUUUGGAGCAUAACUAGUAGGGGUUUCUAUGGACACUUUAUUUUGAAUCCCCUACCUAUUCAUUUUGUAAAUUAACUAUGCAUAAUAUUUUCUUUAUAUGCACAUGUAUUUAAUGACAUAACUCAAACUGAAUAUUAUUAUAUAUUAUUAUUAUAUAUUAUCAUAUUAUUGAUAUUUAUUAUAAAAAAAAAUUAUAUUGCUACAUAUAUUUCCAUAUUCGGAAUACAAUGUAUGAAAGUUGUGAAUCUAUUGCUUACACAUUUAAAAUAUAAUUAUAUGUAUUAUGCACUUACUACAAAUGUAUAUUGAAUGAUAUAAGACUAUAUAAAACUGUAUAAAACUAUAACUUAUCGGAUCCAGGGGGCCCCUGGCACCCCAGGUGACGAUAUACCGGAGGGUCUCUGCGGAGAUGUUGCCUCGCUUAUUUUGUAAUUUAUUGAAUAAUAUAUAUAUAUA